ACCCUUGAACCCUGACGUCACGCGCCGCCAUCUUGCUCACAUUGAAAAAUUUUAGCCCGUCGCAUUGAGUGUCAAAUACAUGCUUGUGUCCAGUCCUGAACUCAUUUCAUGAUUUCGUGCUGAUUAUUCGAUUUAUUGUCCCACAUACCCCAAUCCCACAUAACAUUUUUCACCUGAAUUUGUAACAGGUUUGUGAAAAACGAACUGAAACAUGGAUGACUCUGAAAGGGAACCCGCCCACUCUUUGGACAACAACUUCGACGACUUCGAGAAGCUGGAACAUGCAGCACACGACGAGCCUGAAGAUCACAUAGAGCCCGUCACAAGCACAAACGAUGAAGCUGAAGAAGACCUAUAUACGGGGUCAGAGCCCCUGCCAGACCCAUUAGCCUCUGAAGCAGAAGCAAACACUGCAGAUUUGCUUGGAUUUGAUUCCCCAGCGAAAAAGCCAUCGGCACCGCCUGAGCCCGAGCCAGCAGCACCGGAACCAGCACCACCAACAUCUUCCCAAAUCGACUCCUUUUUCCAGCCCGAUUCAUCUCUGACCAAAGAGGCAGCUGCGCCGCUGGAAAGCGCAAAAUCGGGAGGAUCUUCAUGCGAGGGAACAUGCUGCCCCUGGAUGAAGAACAUUGAUCCACGAGGAACAAUGGCUGAUAAUCCUGAGACAGAACUUACGGAAACGCCUGCCGUGGAAGCGGACAGCUCAUCCGGCUCGGAAGGGGGCAAAAGCAAAGUAAUUGAUUUGGUAUACUGGCGAAAUGUGAAGAAAAGUGGCAUAGUUUUCGGGGGAAUGAUGGUUACCCUUUUGUCCCUAGCCUUCUUCUCAGUCCUGAGCGUAUUAGCGUACCUAUCGCUGGCAGUCCUCACGGUAACACUCAGCUUCCGCAUCUACAAGAACGUUCUACAGGCAGUGCAAAAAUCAGGAGACGGCCAUCCUUUCAAGACAUACUUGGAAAUGGAUGUGUGCCUGCCCAACGAGAAGGUCCAUCAUAUAGUAGAUAUCAUGUUGAGUCACGUCAAUACCAUGAUUAAAGAAGUGCGUAGAUUUUUCCUGGUUGAAGACCUGGUCGACUCCGUUAAGUUUGGACUGCUGCUCUGGGUGUUUACGUACAUUGGUGCAUGGUUCAACGGACUGACACUUAUCAUUCUUUCUGUUGUAACAGUUUUCACGGUUCCAAAGUUUUAUGAAACAAACAAGACCCAGAUCGACAACUACUUGGACAUCGCAUCAACACACGUGAAGAAGAUUGUGGCACAAGUUCAAUCCAAGAUCCCACUGCCCGGCAAGAAACAGAAAGCCCAGUAAAAGCCCAAACAUCUAGGCGCGGGAUGACAAAAAUCUGCCGUGGCGUGAACAUGUGUUUUCAGUGUUGGUUCGAAACUCUCUUUGUCCUUUCGGUCGGAAGGAUGGUGUGAUUUUUCGAAGAUUUUGAAAACGAAUUGAUCCAAGUAGUAGACAGAAAUUGUGGAGUAUCUUCAAGACUGUUAUAUUUACUCAGAUACGUGUACUUUGCUGUUCCUUUCAAAUCGGCUCUUGCGGUUGUUCUUACCUUUUCCUUCCUCUAUACGUGUAGCACCUGCUUUUGUAAACUUGCAACGUCAAUCUAACUGCAAUAGGACCGAGGUUAGCGUAGAAGAAAGAAACGUCCACUGAAAUGAUUCCACAGUAAUAGCAAAUCUGAAUGUGACGGUACGAUUCUUACGAGCUAGGGGGUUGUAUGGGGUGCCAUUCAACUCGUAUAACUGGUUUGGAGACCAAGGUGGCCUCGGGCCUAUGAUUUAUAACAUGUGCUGUAUCAGUGUUAAAUAUUCAUCUCUAAUUUGCCUGUGUCUUUGCACUUGUGUCACAAUUGAAAACGAGAAAGCCGCAAGAGUCGUCCAGUUCUCCGACUCAGUUUUUGUAUGAAUUAUGCCAUAUUUAUAAUGACCGUGUGACAUAUCAGGCCUGCUUGAGUAGGCGAAUGCACAAAAGCAUUGCUAGAUGCCCUCAUGAUUACAGCAAACAAUGCAGGCAUUUCGAGUCAAGUUUCCCAUGGGAUGGACAGAAAAACAUAGAAGAGGAACAUGAGGAGAGAGCAGAGAGAAUUUGCGCACUUGGGAUGUGUUCUGCAUUGCAAGCCUGAACAGUAAGAUUAUAAUGAGUAUUUAUUAAAUUAAAAAUCGAAAUAGACAUUUUCAGAAUUGUAAUGUAUAAUUUAUAAUGUGUUAUAGUCGAUGGUCCUCUUAUAUGUGUGUUGUUGCCGCGUAGUUGAAUAAUCAUUAAACAUAAAAUGUUGUAGAUGUUGAGUAAUAUGAUCUCGCGUUGUAACACACCGUAAAGUGUUCACCGAGUUCCUGGAACAGGCGUCAGAAAUUGUUGUAGGAAAAUUUGUUGCUGUAUAUUAUGAGAUUAUUUUACGCAUUACAUGUAAAGUUUCACAGUUUCGAUGGUGUUAUGGCCCAAACCAUCCAAUCCUGUUUGUAAAUUCUUCUCAUCAAAUGUUUAUCAAAAUCAUUGUUUAUGUGCGAAUUUAAGUUUGUUGCUGUCCGACACUCUGGUAAAAGCUCUCAGAAAAAUCCUUCCCUGUGCUGCCACCUUUUUCUGUUAUGAGACAAUUAGGCCCCUUGCCGUUAAUAGUUUGGUUAGCAUUGGUGUCUAGCUUUGAGUAGAAUUUGAGUUCCAGGUAUUAUAUUCUAUUGAUAAAGACAAUGUAUGGCUUAUUUUUUCAGUCUUCAUAAAAAUCUCAUUUGUAUCUCACUUCACGAUGGUUUGAGUCCGUAAGAUCUUUUCAACACUUGUACAAUAAUCUGUAUAUUCUUAUCUGUCUAAGUUACCACACUCUUACCAUUUUACAUUACUGGGGUUAUUUUUGAGUGAUUUGCCUUUUUAUACUUGGUGAAUUUGUUAUGAGAAAAUGUUUACGAUAAGCUUUGUUUAUUGUGUACUGUAUGUGGAUGUGUCGUUGGAAAUCAUACUUCAUCAUUUUCAUAAUGAGGUCACACAUAUUUGGCGGGGUACAAGAGCUGGCCGUUAUACCAUAGAGUUGAGAGUCCUGCCAGAGAUAUUCAAUCAUUUUGGCCCUUUGUUAAAAUUUAUCUAAAAUUCUACAAAAAAUAAACACAUUUGUUAUGGUUCAAGCUGUAGAGUGGUAAAUGUCUGAGACAAUUUCACCCCACCCCACUCUAAGUUCAAAGCUUGCUCAUAUUUUCCAGAAAAUCAGUGAAAUGAUUUUGGAAUUUUUUCAUUUCAUUUUAUUCAUAUAAACCAUUAUCUUAUUAGUACCCAUCGAUGUUAUUCCUGUAUUCUCUUGGACAACUUCAUCACAAUGAACAAACUUAACUCCACCCAAAUACAGCAUUUAUAGGGUAAUUUUGAAAUUAAAGAAAGUGAAGCAUUGCAAGAGUUGUGAGUUCCUUGACUUUCAUUCCAUUGAAUUCUGACAAUUUCUCCAUCAGCUACAUUUAUAUAGGGUAAAGCUUUUGAAAUUUCUAAGAAACUUUUUGUGCCCGUCAUUUUCGAGUACAGGUAUACAUAUUAUAUGAGUGUGAAGAACAAAGGCAUUUCUUGUAAAUUUUUCUAUGGGUCCUCGCUUAGGGAUUCCUUGUCUCCUCAUAACAUAUUGAUGUAACAUAAUUGGUAAGUGUCGCAUUAGUUACCAUAGCGGCUUGAUAGUAAAACACACCAAGAUAACCCAAAUACUUGAUAGUUUAAGCUAAAUUGUGAGCCUAGCUUAUUGUUGCUUUCUGACCGUGAACAUUCUGGGCCAGAACUGUACUCAGUGAUUUUUUUUCUCGCAUGUAAUUGUUGCCGCAACAAAGUUUUUACAGUAUCGUCUUUUCUGUUUUAUGCACUGAAAUCUUUAGAAAAGAGGAGUUUUAUUUUUGAAAAACUGAAUUCACAAGUAUGAGAAAUGUCCUGAUAAUAAUAAUUUGUAUGCUUCUCUGGUCAGUUCCUUUUGAAAAUGUUGAAAUCAGAUUUGACACAGAAUAUCAAAGUCAAACCCUGCACAUACAAGGUUACAGAUAAAGAUUUCAACCUGUUGACUCUUCAUCAGCACAGAACUUAAAUUUCUUGAUCCCUCAUGUUUGUCAAAAGAAGUACAAUGUAUAGUUCAGGCAUUUGAAGAUUUUAUAAAUCUGAAUAUGUACAAUGAUUGCAAUUUUGGAGAAGGACAAAUAAAACUUUCAUACUAGUUGUAUAAAACUUGAUCCGUUGUUAAAUGUUAAUUGAUACCAAGUAACAAGUACAAUAGAAGGUCUCUACGUGGUGUCCUUCAUAGAGAGGUGCCUGCUAAGGGAGGUUUCACUGUACCUUGGGAUAGAGUGAUUUUCCCAUACUGCUGAAAUAUGUGCCAUGGGGCUGGUUAUAGAACAGUCGAACAUUACUACCAGAGUUCUGUAACACUAAUUAUGCAUAUUCAUAAAAAUUUUCUUGUUCCUUGCCAUACAAAAACUGACCUGUAACAUGUAAAGAAAUUAAUCUCAUUUUAGACCUGGACAACCAUGACGAUUUAUUGGUUGUCCAGAUUUUCUGGCCCAAUGCCAUGAAUUUGAUAUAUCAUUGUACUAUCACUACUUAAAUUUUCUGCAUCAAAACAUGCAGGAUACUAUUACUUGAUAUCAGCAACACCAUAGGUGACAUGCUGGCCUGUACUCCACUUUACACUUAAAUUUAGAGCAUUAAAAUGCAACAACUUAUGACGCAACUGCCAUUAUUUCGAAUGUGCUCGUCCCAACUAUAACUGGGAGACAUGUCCUAAGAACACAGAUCAGUAACACCAAGUAUGUAUAAAGACUGUAGUUAGAUCUAGCAAGGAAGCUCGUUCGUUAAAGGUGACACCCAUAUUACAAAUGCCUCUCAUUUAAGGCCCAGCAGAUUCUAAGUUGAUGCUGGGCUGUUUGUACAAAAGGAAUCGACUAGGUCUGCUAUUAACACUUUCAUCAUGCAUGUUUUCUAGAGGUCGCUGUUGUACAUUGAUAACGCUUGUAUAAUAUUCAUGACUGUAGCUUUAAUUCAGAGUAAGAUAGCAUCUGAGAAAUGUCGCUAACCUCUAAUGUACCGUAGAUUAUCAUCAGUUACAUGUCUGUCAAGAGUGUAAUCCUACACGAGCACUUUUGGUAAGCUGAAGUGUUUCUCUAAAAUGUUUCUCCAAACUGACCUUUAUGAGAAAAAAAGUCAGAGCAGAAGAACUAACAGACUCCUCCAGAAAAGAUGACUUCUAAAAUCAUUGAAAUCUCGGCAUCUCAGAGGUUGGCACAUUGUAGACGUCUCAGAACCAGAACCUAUCUCGUACGAUAUUGUCUCAUGCUGGGUGUCAUUUUCAAAUCAAUGGUGAUUAAUUCAUUAUUGCUGUAGAAGAAAAUGUACGAUUUUUUAUUUGCUUGGCAAAUGCAAGGCUCAUGCAUGGUCGAUGUAAACCAUGAUUCCUACCGUUUAACACUAGAUUUGUGUAUAUAAUUGAAUUUACGGGCAACUUCUUCGGUCCCGAGUUGGAAAUUUUUAUGAGAAGUUCUUGCAUUUGUAAUAUUGCAUGGAGUUGUGGAUGCAGAUAUUUUACAAGUUUGUGCACUCUCUGUAUUUGAAUAAAAUUAUGGUCCACACUUCUCGCUGAAGUUUACUCUUAAGUGUGUCUAUAUGGCAUGUAAGUUCAUGGGGAAUAUUCUGAUUGGAUUGUGAGGGGCAUAUUUACAGCACUAUUUCGUUGUAGCCAUGUGUCCUCAUGUAUCAUUGUAGUUUGGAAAUACAUGUGUAGUCGUUCAAUACAGUGCUGGACUCAAA